CGAUAGAAAAAAAGUCAUGACAUAGCGCUUGCUGGCGUGAUUGUUGACUUCUAGAGGUUUUUAUAGUUUGACGCGAGUCACCACAGCUGAGCUUUUAUUCUCUUAAUAGUGAAUCAAAAAGUUAUCUUUGAAGUUAUACUGUAAUCUUUCCAAGCAAAAUGCCGCCACAUGUUGAUGAUGUAAUGAAACUGUGUUGUGAACUCUCCGCGAAUCAACAAGUGAAAACAGCAGUGAAGCAGUCUGGAAAAGGAGCAGCAGCCGCUGGUGGUCUCGCCUUUGCAGGAGGUUUAAUAGGUGGUCCUCUCGGCAUCGCAGUGGGUGGAGCUGUCGGAGGUCUUCUUGGAUGCUGGAUGACGAGCGGCCAGUUUAAACCUCUUCCUCAAGUCAUCAUGGAACUGACCCCAGACCAGCAGGCCAGACUUUACGAGGAUGUCGUGGCAAUCUUAGGCUCGAUAACAUGGACCGAUGUUGCACAACUGACAGCCCUCGUAAUGGGAAACGCCAGCCUUCAGCAGCAAGUGACCGCAGCUCUCCUCAGCUACAUUCACAAGGAACUUCAAGCUGAAGUACAUUACAUUGACUGACCAAAACAAACAUUUUAAUAACAUUUCAAACCAUUUAAUCAUGUGUCAUACGGGUCGCUUGACUGAACGCUUGAGUGCUGUAGAUGAAACUGGCUUAUCAAAACUUCAUUUGGUACAUUUCAAUCUGACAACUGCUGUAUAUCCUUUGAAAUAAUGUCAUAAUGUGUGCGUGUGUUUUCAGAACACUUCAGAAGGUAUAAUGUAGAUUACAAUCACUGCCUUUUAAUUUUUUCCCCUCAUUUUGAAGCUCAUUUUUAUAAAGAUUUGCACCUGCAGAGAAGAGCCUUAAACAUAUUGUUGGUUGCUUUGAAAUAUAUAUUUAAUAAUAGAUGGGAUUGGCCAGAUAUGUUGAAACCAUGCAUCAUAUGGGUUGUUUGAAUACCGUAGUUUAAACUGGCAUAAACACUUUAGUCUGUUACUUGAAAUAAUUUCUUGGCAUACAUAAUGUGUUGUUUACUUUCAGAACACUUUUGAAGCUUGUUCAUUAUGAAACAUGUGAAUGAUGGCCUGUUCUUGAACCGAUGCCUUUUAAAAAAUUAUUUAAAU